UGACACUAAUGAUGGCACACUUAUGCAGCCUUUGAAGGGUCAUAAAGAUACUGUCUAUUGUGUGGCAUACGCCAAGGAUGGUAAAAGAUUUGCUUCGGGAUCAGCGGACAAGACAGUCAUCAUCUGGACAUCAAAACUAGAAGGAAUAUUGAAAUAUACUCACAAUGAUGCCAUUCAAUGUCUUGGGUUCAAUCCAAUCACACAUCAGCUGGCUAGUUGUGCUUUCAGUGAUUUUGGAUUAUGGUCCAUGGAGCAAAAAUCUGUUUCCAAACACAAAGUGACAAGUCGUAUUACAUGUUGUUCUUGGACUAACGAUGGUCAGUACCUAGCUUUAGGACUGUAUAAUGGAUGUAUCACUAUCAGGACUAAGAAUGGUGAAGAGAAGCUCAAAAUUGAGAGACCUAAUGGUGGUCUUAGUCCUAUAUGGAGCUUACAGUGGAAUCCUUCUAAAGAUGAAUCUGUUGAUACCCUUGCCGUCCUUGAUUGGGGUCAGAAGUUAUCUUUCUACAAUCUCAGUGGAAAACAGGAAUUGAUCAAGACUGGAUCAAUCAUGCCUAAAAUGAAACGCACCUCAUCAUCACAGAAGAAUAUUGUAUGUGCUUACAAGGCUGCUAAGGAGGGCAAGAUGUCGAUACGGGAAGCCGCCAUGAAGUACAACAUUCCAAAGUCUACCCUCAUUGAUAAGGUCAAAGGUAAAACUCCUCUGGAAUGCAAGAAAGGACCCAAAGCUGUCCUUUCACCAGCAGAAGAGAAGAGUCUUGUAGACUGGGGAGUCAAGAUGGCUGGAAUUGGGUACACCUGCAUAAGGCAACAGACCAUGUACACCGUCAAGACUAUCAUGGACAAGGAUGAAAAAGAAGGAAGAGGGAGGAGGAAACGUUUUGGGGACAACAAUCUCCCGGGAAAAGAUUGGUGGUUGCGCUUUUGCGAGCGGCACUUGAAGCUGAAGAAAGCUACAGCUCAGGUCACAGAGAGAACUAAGAAACUAGCAAAGUCUGAUGCGGCUCUGUGCAAGUGGCAGGCUGGUCUGAAGAGGUUACUCCAAAAACAAGGAAUCAAGGAUGGCUCUUGUGUCUUUACUUGCACUUCAAGUCGCUUUCUGGUGGAUGGACAUAGGGGUAUGAUUAAAUUCUGUAAUACCAAGAAAAUCAAGGAAGGGGAAAAGUAUCUCACUGUCCUGACAGCUGCUUCCGCUAAUGGGAAAUUUGUUCCUCCUAUGAUCAUUUACCCAGGAGACCAUGUUGAUAUUGAUCUCCUUGAGGAUGAGGCGGUUGAAGGGACCUACUUCACCAAAAGCCAAAAUGGAGAUAUGAAUGUUGAGCUAUUCUUUAGUUGGAUUGGAAAUCACUUUCUAGACUUCACACCGACCAGGAAACCUAUCCUGCUUCUUAUUUCAGGAAGCUGGCCAUAUGUUGAUAUGUAUGUCUCAAGACUGUGUAAAGACAAACAAAUCGUCUUGUACUGCAUGCCACCUCAUACAAAUCUCUUUCAGGAACCGCUGAGGUGGAGCUUCGCGAAGCAACUGCCCCAUGAAUGGAAAAGGGAGUCCAUGAACUUUGAAAUUCUGAAUCCUGGUAUGAAAGUGGACAGAUAUGCAUUCCCUGCUGUCUUUAGCAAUGUCUGGACUCAUCAAGCCUCGGGGAGCAAUGUCAUGGCAGCGUUUGAGAGAAGUAGAAUCUGGCCAGCAGAUUCCAAAGGCAGGCAAAAACCAGCAGUCCAAGACCAUGCAAAUGUGCAGUGCUUUGAUGAAGAUGGCAAUGCAAUAGAAGUUGCCAUGUACGAGGAAGUCACAAGUGAAAGUCCAGCUCAUGAUGUAGAAGAACAAAGUGUAGGAGUCCUGACAACAAAAACUGUCAGUUCAAGAAAUGUCAAGGUUUGGGAACCAAACUGCCUCCAACAAUUUGAGGAAGCUCAAGACUUGACUAAAAACCAGAAAGAACUUUUUGAAGCCCGUUUUCUUUUGAAUAUGGAGAUAGAGAAUGAUCUUGUCUACAAUGCUUGGAAAGCCCUCAAGUGCUUGAUGGAAAUGAAACAGGAAACAUCCGAUGACGACGACGAUGAUGAUGGUGAAUCUGACACUGAUGAUGACGAUAGUCUCCUGGGUUGGCUUUCCGAUGAGUCUGAUGAAGACAUCCAAGAAGAUGAUGAAAAAGAGAACAUCAAAGAGGAUAAAGAUGAAUCUCCUGAUGAUGCUGAAAGGAAACCUGAUGUUGAGGAUGAUGAUGAUGAUGAGAAGGAAAAUGAGGAAAGCGAAAGUGACCAUGAACUCGAUGUUGCUGAAGAUGGGCUUCCAAGUUCUGCAUCAAGUGGUUCUGAAGACUUUAUCUCAUCAGCAUCUAGAUGCUCUCCCACAAGGACAGCCAUGUCUCCUCUGAAAAUCACUAGAUACAUCCAUCCUGGAGAGGAAAGCAACAAGAGAAGUGUGAACAGUGUUUCUACACUGAAUAAAGAAGAUGAAUAAAGAAGAGAAGAUCAUUGCUCGUGCCCUAAGUCUGUCCAAGACAGAGACAAAAAAUGGUCUGCUGCAUAAAACUAUUUUGACUUGUUUACUUGAUGCCUUUCCUUACUUUCCUCCUACAGUCUACACACGUUUGCUUACUAAUUAUAAGCCUAUCUGUAGUUUCGGUCAAUCUUCACAUGAAUAUUAUUCCAAUUGAAUUAAGACAAUAUGAAUGUGUGUGUCCUGAGGAUAUAAAAGGAAAAAAUAAGUUGUAUUGGAUAAAUUUCACAAUUUAACAUAAAAACAUUUGUUUAGAUGCCCGAUUAGAACAAGGUAUCUGCAUGUUUUUAUCUUGUUAAUCUAAAAUUCCUUCUCAAGCAUCGAAUGGGCUGAAAAUGUCAGUAUGUAAUCUCCUGUAGUUUUCUGAUAUCCAAUUACUAAAUAUGUAAAGUAAGUACCCAUUGAAGUAAGAUAACGAUCAUCCGAAUUGCUGACACAGUUGAAAUCAGUAAUAUUUCUUUGUUUUUACUCAACCCGGUCUUCAUGUAUAAAAUGAAAAUAAAAAAUUAAUGGAGAUGAAUUUGUAAAUUUAUAAAUGAAUAAAGAAUGAUGAAUAUAUAAAUGAAUAGUUAAAUAAAUGAAAAAGUAAUAUGAAAUUAAAAAAACCUACAAAAUUAACAGAAUUAAGAAUGAAAGUAAAUCACUCCAUGAAAAAUGAUGAGACAGUCACUUUACUGUAAAAAAAUUGGGAUGGAUAAAUUUGGAAUACUGUAUUAGAAUGAUAAAGCAAAAUAAGCAAUAUAAUCUAUCUAAAUGAAAAUUAUACCUUAAAGCUAAAUGAUAGUAGUUGCAGUAAAACACUAAUUUCGUGAGAAAGUCUGUAAAACCAAGGUUAAGUAAGACUAUACCAUCGUGGAUCUAGAUCUGGUACAGUUACAUAAACUGAACUUUGUGAAAUCAUAAAAUCUAAGCUGAAAUACGAUCACACUGAAAAUCGCCAACACAGAUAGGCACACGUGGGACAGUGUAUUAUUAUUAUUGCUGGAAUAAAGACCUGACGGAAGUGACCGAAUCCGCGCUUAUUUUGCUUAUUUCUCAGCAAUUACACAAUUUCUUCCAGAAUCCUUUGGCACAUAUUUUUUAUUCAUACAAACAGACACUUGGGUGGUCAUUAUAUUAGAUUCUGUAAAAAGUCAUUUUGAGAUAGUUACCAGAACUGGAAUUUAUAUUAUCAAACUAGUUCCAUGCAAGUGUAUGAUAAAUAUAGAUGUAGAUAUUUAUUUGGUUUGUAUAAAAUAUAUUCGAAAUUAACCGUUAAAAACAGAACACAUUAUUUAUUAUAUUUUAAAUAGUUUUUAAAAUGAAGAAAAUGAUUGUCUAUAUAUGCUCAUUGAUCAAUGUAAUUUCUGAUAACUUGUGUUCAUAGAAUUUAUACCAGGGCCAUGAAUAAUGCAAACAUGAAUAUUUAACCCUAAAAGGACUGGGCUAUUUAAGAUGUAUCGAGGACUGGGGGGUGCAUGAUGGCCCCCUUCUGAUCCUGGCCGCCGUUCGCGCAAUCGCGCCUAAAUUUGGCACGCACAUUCUUUACCACAAACUACAAGCUAGUAUAAAAAUAAUUCUGAAAUUAAUUAUUUUUAUUUAUUAUGAAUGAAAUAUGCAAAUUUAUUCAUGAAAAACAUUAUUCGCAUAUUUAAUACCCAAUUUCACUUCAUAUUUUCUUAUUUUUUUGCAGAUGUCAUCUUUGUAAUCUAAUUUAAAGGUUUCCACAAAGAAAAAUUGCGAAAGCCAAUUUUUCCUUAUGUUUUUAGAAUUUCUUAUGUAUUUCUUUGUUUUUUCAUCUUUUGUUUUUUCAAUGGAAAUUAUUACAGACCAUUUAACAACUUAAUCAAACCCUAACUUAAUUAAGCAGACCAAUUAGAAUGAAAAAUAAUCACCCUUUUAGGAAUUUCAUCUCCCAUAGACUUGUACACAAUGUAUAAAACUGAGCCAUUUUCGGCAUGACAUUGUCUCGUAAAAAGUCACGUGAUGUCGCGAUGCUAUACCUGGAUGUCGCGAAAUUGGUCUCAAAACUGGCGCG